GACACACAAUUAAUAGCUAGGGAUUUAUAGAUGUUACCAAAAACUCAAACAAACUAGUAUAGUAAAAGUGAGUUGUGGCUAUAAAUAAUAUUGAGUAUGUAAUGAAGUGUAAAUGAAUGGGAAAAACCUAUACAAACCCCAACAAACAGUAUAUUUUUACAUAUGCACACAUACAGUAAUGUACAGUAACGGCUGUUCAAGUCUUUAUAAGAAGAGAGGAAAAAAAAAAAUUUACCAGAAGGAAGAGAGAGAGUGAUAAUACUGAUAAGUUAGGAGAAACAAAAGCUUCGUAAUUCCAUUACAAGCAAAAUAAAUGUGGGAUCUGCUGUCCUUCUACAUAAUCUCGACCGCGGUCCUUCUGAUCAUGACCGAUUUCCCCCCGAACCCAGAGGAUGGAGAGCAGUGGUUGCCGUCCGAUGUGUUCCAUGAGAUUGAAUCGGGUGAGGAUGCUGAAGUUGUUAGCCCCAAAAGCAACUCAUCAACUCAUUAUGAUACGGCCUCUGAUGAGAUUAGCGUUGAUGACCAGUUUGACCAUGUCGGGGUCGACGAUCCAAAGGGAGAGACGGCAAAAUCAUCCAAAAAAUUUGAGGAAACUGGAGGACUGGAGAAGGUGAUGGCGGAUUAUUACAAUUGGCCAUGGCAAUGGCAGUUUAUUCGUGAUAAUUAUUAUUCCAUUAAUAAUGACAUGGGGAGUGCUCCCAAGCAUUAUGGAGGCACAGGUGUGUUCCUGCCCCAACACAGUACGAGAAGCCUUCCCCAACACAACAGGAGACCUUCCAUGGAAGCAGAGCUCGGGACCAUGAGUUCCAUUGGCACUGGCGGCUGCAGAUCUUGCCGGGGCACUGGCGUUUUCAUCAAUCAAAAGCUUCAUCUCCCUACCCACAAGAGGACCAAGAGCUGUGGGGUGAUCAUGCGGAGCAAUUGCAAUAACAGCAAAGCGAAGGGCGGGACUAUCAGCAGCAACAACCGCGAGCAGAAGACAGCUGCCGGAGGGAAGCAGCCUUCUGCUGUCAAAUCCGAUCAGACAUUUCAUCUGCCCGACGACUGGAUAUACUGAUUUGAUGAUGAAUGAUGGCUGCUGUCCUGUCGAGAAAAAAAAAAAAUACCCGAUCAUAGUUCAUAAUGUAAUAAAACUGCUUGCAGGAAAGCAGUCAUAAUCAA